CUUGGAGACAUCAUCGGCAGUUUGACUGUUGUACGGCGUGUAUUACAAAUUAUGAAGAGCCUACCAUUGGAGUAGCCGGAAUCCGGGACUUAAGUAUAUGAAGAUAUCUCUUGGCCUUCUACCUUCUCUUUGAACUCCCCGGAUGUAAGGUACCGGUAUAUAUUUGUCUUUUCUGAAACAGUCAUGCAUCUGCUUCCUACUGUUUCCCUUUUCCUCGCGGCGGCGGCGACAGUGAUGGCGCAAGUCACUUUCCAGAACUCCUCGCAGACUAUCCUGCGCGUGGAUACCGGCAGCUAUGGCCCUGAAAUCGAAGAAUUCCACUACUACUACCAACAAUGGCCCAUAGGGCUCGCGGUCUCCAGCACUGGGCGCCUCUUCGCCUGCUACACGCGCGGAAAUUACUCUUUCACACUCGGCGAAGCCGUGAACAAGACGGCUGAAGUACCCUAUCCUUCUGCCGAGCUCAAUCUCCCCGUCUCCCAGCUCAACACUAGUUUCAAUAGGAUUCCCUUCGGGAGCAGUAACGCCAGCGGGCUGAUCUCCGUCCAAGCGCUGUACAUCACACCGCAGACGAGCAGCAGGCCAGAGACGCUGUGGGUCGUUGACACAGGACGCCCGACGGUUAUGGAUGCCUCCGGCACACCAUCAACGCCCUACGGCCAGCCCGGCGGACCGAAAAUCAUCGGUAUAUCUCUCUCCAACGAUUCCAUCUACGCCACCUACACCUUCCCGCCAGACGUACAUUAUCCGGAUAGUUACAUGAACGACAUCCGCUUCGACCUACGCUCCUCCGUCACUCCAUCCGGCCAGGGAAUAGCGUAUAUCGUGGAUAGCAGCGACGAAGGACGCCCGGGGUUCAUCAUGCUAGAUCUCGGCACGGGCGAGAGCUGGCGGCGACUGACGCAAGAUCCGUCCGUGCUCCGCGUUGCCAACGACGUCCCGAGCUAUCAGGGGCGACCGUUCUACCAGCGCACAAAUGGUAUGCCAGUGGGGCAUUUGAGAGAAGGGGCGGACGGGAUCCAGAUCAGCCCGGAAGGGGAGACGAUAUACUACUCCCCACUCACAAGCGACUACCUCUACUCCAUCCCAGCAUUAAACCUCAGAGCCAAAGACGACGAUCCACUAGCAGAGCAAGCAGCACACAACAACAUCUCCAACCUAGGCCAAAGAGGCGGCAAUGCGAACGGCUUCGAAGGCGACUCCAACGGGCUCGUGUACCAGCUCGUGCCUGAGCACAACGCGGUGUUUUACUACGACCCUGCCGAUUUGCAGACGCAUGCGUUUGUGCGGGAUCCGAGGAUUAUUUGGCCUGAUAGCGCGAGUGUGGCAAUGGAUGGCUGGUUUUAUGUUAAUGUUAAUCAGCUGCCGUAUCAGGGGGCGUGGAAUGGUGGGAGUGAGGGGAGGGUGUUUCCUGGGGCGGUUUUGCGGUGUAGAUUGCCGCGGGGUGGGAGGAAGAUUGGGGGGUUGGUGUAGGGGAGCGGAGGGGAGGGGCGUAGGGAGGAUGGGUAGGUGUCUGGAGAGUCCAGGAGGCGACGCAGUUUUAGUGGUGCUCUGGCUUCUACUCAAGCCCUGGAGGCUGGGUUUGUGAUGGUGGGGAGUUUGUUUCACUUGCAUUUCCUAUGUACCGUAGGUUCGCGUCACAACGAGAGGGGUCCGUCACACGUAUACCGUUUUUUAAAAUUCAUCGUUAUGGG